AUGCUCCCUUCACACCUAGUCUCUGCCAUCAAUGAGGCCAGGGACAUUAUCAAUGAUCCUAGUACCAAAAAGGAAGACGUCGCCCAGCUUCGUCAAGCCUGUGCCUCGCUUAACAAAGUCUUAGAGGACCCUGCGGACAGACUCUUGAACCAAGCCUUCCAGAUCCAAGACUUGGUGAUUGCCAGAAUGGCCAUUCAAUUGGGGGUUUUUGAUGGACCUGAACCCAUCUUCGGGCCAUGCGAUGUAGCUGAUCAGAGUGGGUGUGAUCCUGCAUUAGCCUCGCGUGUUUUGAGGGCUUUGGUUGGCCUGGGUCUUCUUGAUAUCACCAAAGAGGGAAAGUAUGAAUUAAACGAAUCCAGCAAAUCUCUCAAAAAGGGUGCGAUGGUCCAGGAUGGUAUUAUAAUGACACUAGAUGUCGCACUGAAAAUGUCGGCAAACACGCUUUCUUUCUUCGAAAGCAACGGGUACCAUAACCCAACUAAUGCCAAUCGUGGUAUUUUUCAGCACACAUUUGGGACAUCAUUGCCCUUCUUUGAAUGGCUUCCAUCCCAGCCCCUCCUACAGGACGCAUUUAACCGUUUCAUGGAGGCUACUGCGGGAGAUGGAACUCCCGCACAGUGGGCUCAGUGGUUUCCAAUGGAGUUUAAAUUCCAGGAGCUAUAUGAAAAGUCUCAGAAGGACAAGAAGUCUCUGACUUUCGUCGAUGUGGGAGGAGGCCAUGGACAUGAGGCCAAAGCAGUGAUGAGUCGAUUUUCCCACAUCCCGUGUCGAUUCGUUGUACAGGACGGCCCAGAAUAUGUCAAAAGCCACGGCGCCGAGUUGGAAACCGGGACUCAUCGUUCUUUGGAACGCAUGGAGUAUAGCUUUUUCAAUAAGCAGCCAGUCGAGCACGCCCAUGUUUACUUUUUGGGCAGGGUACUGCACAAUUGGCCUGAGGUCCAAUCUCGUCAGAUCCUGGAAAAUAUUCGAGCGGCCAUGGAUCAGGAUUCGGUUCUGCUCAUCCAUGACUGGGUUCUUUCCGACAAUCCUGCGGACCUCUCACCUGAACAGGCUCGAGAUGACUGGGCUAUGAUGACUCUCUUCUCCGCCCCAGAGCGAUCUGCAUCGGGAUGGCGAGCUCUGUUGGAUUCGGCCCAGUUGAAGCUUGUAAACAUUUGGGCAUCGCCAAACAAUAAUGGUGGCCGUAAUACGACGCUUCUGGAAGCCGUGGUCAAAACUUGA